UUAUGUUAUUGUUAGUGGGAGGGGAGCACAUGUCUUGGAAGUGAAAUUACGCGCAGCGAAAGGAGGCUCGAGCUGUUUGGUAUUGUUGCGGAUGCCCCGCCUCUGAUGGUAGCCUUAAACCUGGCACCCAGCUAAAACAAACCCAAGCCAGUACCCAGCUCCCACUCAAUCCAAUUAAGGCGGACUUGAGGCGGCUCUCCUUACGUGUUCAUCAACCAGGAUCGACGUUGAGACAACAGGAACCAGAGGGGCUUUGGCCAGAAAAAAAAAGAGAAGGAGAGAUUGCCUUGCCUUCUAAUUUCUCCCUCUCCAGUCCCAGAACAAUGUCGAUGAGCCCUAAGCAUACGACUCCUUUUUCUGUUUCCGAUAUCUUGAGUCCCCUCGAGGAGAGCUAUAAGAAAGUAAGUAUGGAGAAUAACAACUUGGGGGCACCUCUCACUUCGUACCGGCAGCCGCAGGUCUCUCAGGCGGCGAUGCAGCAGCACCACAUGGGCCAUAACGGGACUGUGUCUGCGGCGUACCAUAUGACGGCUGCAGGUGUCUCCCAGCUGUCACACACGGCUAUGGGAGGCUACUGCAAUGGCAACCUGGGAAACAUGGGCGACCUGCCGUCUUACCAGGACGGCAUGAGAGGCAGCACCACGGCCACCGGCUGGUACGGAGCCAACCCGGACCCGCGCUUCUCCACCAUUUCUCGCUUUAUGGGCUCGUCCUCGGGCAUGAACAUGGGCAGCAUGGGCAGCCUCAGCUCCCUGGCAGACGUCGGUAAAGGCAUGGGCUCCCUGUCCAGCACCCCGAGGAGAAAAAGGCGCGUGUUGUUCUCCCAGGCGCAGGUAUACGAGCUUGAGCGGCGCUUCAAGCAGCAGAAAUACCUGUCUGCUCCGGAGAGGGAGCACCUGGCGAGUAUGAUCCACCUCACCCCAACCCAGGUAAAGAUCUGGUUUCAGAACCACCGGUACAAGAUGAAGCGGCAGGCCAAAGACAAAGUGUCCCAGCAGCAGAUGCAGCAGGACAGCGGCUCGUGCGCGCAGCAGCAGCAGCAGUCCCCGCGGAGGGUGGCCGUGCCGGUGCUCGUUAAGGACGGAAAGCCUUGCCAGGGUAGCGGCCACACGCCCACCUCCUCCGCACAGAGUCACCACCAGCAAGCGGCCAACGUCAUGAUCAUGUCCAACAACGCGCCCGGGCUCGUGCAGCAUCAGAGCCAGCAGGUGGGAAGCACAGGUCACUCUCCGGACCUGGCCCCGCACUCCUCCAGUCCCCCGUCCCUGCAGAGCCAGGUGGCCGGUCUGUCUCACCUCAAUUCCCCCGGCGCAGAGUACGGCUCGGCCUUACAGUGUUCAGCUCUGUUAUACGGCAGGACGUGGUGACAAGAAGCGCCAGCUUUCUUUUCAACCAAUUCUUCUAUUUAAAAAAGAAAAAAAUACUUUUUUUUUUUUUUUUUCUUCUUGCAAGACUCGAAAACUUUUCUCUGUAUAUGUGCGUCUGAACAAAAGCCGAGUGAAAUCGGUGCAUCACUGUUUGAAUUUUCCCCUUUUUGGAGGAAGCUUGACUAAUAUGGAAGGGAAGAGAAAAAACAUUUUUGACCAGAAACUGCGGAUGUGAGAGAUUUUGGAUUUAUUUAUGUAAAUUAUAUUGAUACAAAAGAAGAAUCAGCAGUCAUAUAGGCCGAAGGCGAAAAGUGAAGGCAUAUACAUUUCUGCUGCAGCCUAUGGGUGCUGUGACACUCCCUCCCUCACAACGCACACAAACACCACCUGACUCUGAUUUAUAAUAGAAUUUAAUGUAAGCCGUAGAUCUAGCUUGUAUAUUUCUGUAAAAGGUUUGAAUUUUAGGUAUUUGUUGUACAAAGUUUUUGACGCUAUUUGCCGGUUUGUUGUCGUUUUAUUGGUAUUUGUACGUUUUAUUUCUUUGUAACUUAUAUAGAUAUUUGACUUACUACAAAACAGUCCUAUUAAUAAAUUAUGGAAACAAGACAGUAAAGUUUUCUGUGAAAUAUUUCAAAAUAUGCCGAGUUUAAUUCCGGAAAUAUAAAGUAUGACUGACAUCAAAACAUCAUCAUAUCAUCAUCAUUAUUAUUAUUAUUAUUAUUAUUAUUAUUAGGCUAUUACUGGCCUAUUUUCUCGUAUUUUAGGCUUACGUUUUUUCACAUUGAGGGAAAUAAAAACUUGCUUGAUAAAAAAACAAAACAAUAACAAGCCAAAUCAGAUCAUUUUUUGCCAACUCACCUAAUUAAAAACGUCAAUGCUUUGGCUCUAAUAACAUAUUUGAAAAGAAAAAAUAUAAUAGCCUAUUCGACCAACUUUUGUUGCUGUUUUAUUCAGUGAUAAAUCACACAGCAUUCUGGCUUAUCGUUAAAGGUCAGAGUAGGCUAUACUAAGCCUUUUUCUGCAGUUUGUUCUUUUCUCUUUCUCCGUGUGUGUGUGUGUGUGUGUGUGUGUGUGUGUCAUGUGAGUCAGAAAGGUGAGGUCUUUCUGCUCCAAACAUCAAACACAAACGCUUUGCAAAGAAAAGCUUAUCGAAGAAAUCCCUGACCAAACACCGUCGUGUUUUUCUUCUCAAAUAGCCGAACUGACGAGGCCACCUGUGGACGCGCGGCUGUCGGCUGCUUUAUCAAUAAUCAAUCAAGGAAGUGAAAGGAAACGGCGAAAGGCUGUUUGUGCGUGGCGUCAAGAACAAACCACCGCCAGUGUCAUUGCACAAACAUUUCUAUUUAACAUUCAGCUGUAGCCUAUUCCGGGAGGCUGUUUGAUUGUCCGACAUGUAGCCUAAUUUUAAACGAUCGCAAAAACAAACUAUUAUUCAUUAAUUUCUCGUCAAUGUUAUGCCUUGUAAAUAAAAGCUAUACUAACCAUUAGAGACUUUUCUCCCGCCAACUAAUAGCGCCGCUUUUAGUAUUAAUAUCAAACAGUGGUUGCUAAGCGACGUAUGGAACGACAGGUGAUUUCCGUUUACGGCUUAUAUUUCUUUCAAACUAUGCUGUCCCUUUAGCUGAAGACUCAUUCAUUAACUCUUCUGGACCAUAGGAAUAUAGGCUUCAAUUAAUAUUGACUGAACUUAUGUGACGUUUUAAUUGCAUCAUAAAUUAUUUUUUCAUAGACUGUUGUUUUUUUUUUUGUUGUUGUUUUUUUUUUUUUUUUACAUUAGAAAGGUCUCAUAGGCUAGACAUCUUAAGGCUAUUUGGCCUGAAUAAAACGCUGCUAAAAUAGGCAACCUCGCUUAAUUUAACAAUGGAUUCAUGUGCAUAUUUUUCACACAGAGAAAGAUUCUUGGAUAGUUAUAUGUUGUUAUGAGAUUACUUUUCCUGUAAUUUGUAUAGGCCUACCUGAGCCACUUUUGUAAUUGUAUGAGCCGUCUGUGGCGAUAUGGCUUUCCACCUGCUCUUAUUUAGUGCACAUUUCCCCAGCAUCACUGGAAUGUUAGGCGUUUAUCUUCCGUUCAUGCUGGGAAAUAAGCGGUUAUGUCAUUGUCUAACAAUUCAUCUAAAAGCCAACCAUUGAUGUUACAAAUCGCCUAUGUCAGCAUUUUAAUGAACAAAUUAAACAGAUUUAUUGUGUUAACAGUCAAAAUGUUCUGUCAAUGAUCGCUCAAACACCACUGCA